UUCCAAGUAUGUCAUCAAUUUCGGUAUCAAUUUCAGUACUCAUAUGGUAUUUGUUUUGCUGAGGGAUGCCAUCUUGUCCAUCUAUCCGCUUCUCCGUCCCUCUCUUAAAUUCUCAAUCUUUCUCAUUGGUUUUUGAUUCACAGCUUCGAAUUUUUCACUAGGGUUCUUCAGUCUUUCUCUUACAAAACUCUGCUUAUUUAAGUAUUCCUACGAACAAACCAGAAGACAAACAAGCUCAUGAUGAUUGAGGUUGUGACCUUUUUGUAAAUGAAUCGCUGGAGACAAUGGUGUUGGUAACUCAUAAACUGCAGAGUUCACAUGUCUUGUUUCCUUGGAGUUCACCAACAUGGACCAAAGGCUUGGUUACGACGGUGCACUUUGCUGGGAGGAAAGAAAAGCAUUUACGAUUGAAAGCAAAGUCUUUGAGGGUUACGUCUUUCAAAGGCGGCUUCCAAAUUAGCGAAUCUGGGGGACGUGAGCGUGGGAAGAAAGCUACUAAUAACAACUCAGUUAAACUAUCUUACCGUUCAGAUGAUAUCGAAAAUAAUGUGGAUAGCUCUUCAAAGUCACAAAACACAUCGGUUUCAUACACCUCGGAAACAGAGGAUUCAAUCACAGGGCAACCUGCUAUUCAGAAGCUGUUCAAGAAAUGGUUAUCACUGUUGCUCACACAAUCACCUAUUCAAGUCAUUGACGAGGCUUUGGAAGGAGAACAUGUUCCACAUACGAAGAAGCUAGAAACUGUAACAGAGAUCCGGAAAACAGAAAGCCUUCAGAGUACAAACAAUAGAUUUUGGACCUGGUUUUGGAGUUUAGACACAGCUAUCAAGAUUCCGUUGCUCUUAUUUGUUCCGGCUUUCCUUGCUUAUAACGCAAUCUAUGGAGCUGAAGUUACAAAGGAGUCAUCUCCUUUGUGGAUUGUUGGACCUUUGAUCGUCGCCUUUUAUAUCAAAACGUUUCAAGGACUAUGUGCACUUUACGCUUUCUGCUUCAACCAAACCACCAAAGUGAUAAGAAACCUACCAUCUUAUUACAUUAUAGCAUACCAUUACAUUUCCCAUGGUAAGCUUAAAGACGACCUGAGAGCUCUAGUGACUCGACCAAUAGUGAACACUGACUACAGAGAGCUCACACGCACCAAACUGAAACAGGUCCAAGAAUGGAUCAUUGAGAGAUACUUGGAUUUUGUUGAAUCUAUAUGGCCUUAUUACUGCAGAACUAUCAGAUUCCUGAAGAGGGCUAACCUCAUUUGAAGCUUUUGAACAUGUAAAACCCUCAAAUUUUAACUUCUCAGUCUCUCUCCUCUAUCUCUAUGAUCUGUAUUUUUUUUUCUCUGUUGUCUUUGGUUUGACCUUUUUGAUUCCUUAAUUUUAGAAAGGCUUUUUCAUGUUUAUGCUGUUGUAUCUGUGUAUAAUGCGACCUUUUAUGAGUUUCUACAAUGAGUUCGUAUACUA